AUGGAGCAUGUGGGUUCUUCUAGAAAACAUGAGUAUCUUAUGUUUGAUCCAAAUAAGGUUGAUGGUCAUGAGAUUCCUAAUUCAUGUCAUCAAGAAGAGCCUCCUUUGUUUUUGGAAUUCCCUUCACCUUUCUUUGAUGAUAUCGAUACUAUUCCAAUACUCGCAAACAACCAUACCCACCAACACCAACGCAGCUCCCCAAACAAAUGCUUCAAAAUCACUGAACCUACGCCUUCUGAAUCGAAACGUCUAAAGAAAAGAAAUGUUGGUAAGAAAGAUAGACACAGCAAGAUACAUACAGCGCAAGGUCUUAGAGACAGGAGAAUGAGGUUGUCACUUCAUAUUGCCCGAAAGUUCUUUGAUCUCCAAGACUUGUUAGGAUUUGACAAAGCCAGUAAGACCAUUGAAUGGCUUUUUUGCAAGUCCAAUAAAGCUAUCAAAGAAGUCGCUGACAACUUUGAUUCAAAACAUUCCAACCAAAGCAUGACUGAAGUUAUCGACAGAAUCGAUUGGCGUGAGUGUGAAAUGGGUUUCAGCAACGAGAUCAAAGUUGCUACCAACAAACCGAAGAACUAUCAAGAGAUGGAGAUCAAGAACAAGGAAAGGAAGCGAAUUCAAAAUAAUACUUCUUCUAAGGAUACGAGGGAUCAAGCGAGAGCAAGAGCAAGGCAGAGAACAAGAGAGAGACUGAUGAUCAAGGAACUUGAGAAAUCAAAGUUUUUGUUUGAACGAAACCCUAAUGACGAAAUUCACAAAUUAGGGUUAGGGUACAUGGUAAGCUCUGAUAAUCAAAAUAUAGAUAAACUAGGGUACACGUCUACUGCAUCUGAACCCAUCCAACAACACUCAUUGAAUCCCUCCGAUUUUUCCAGUACGAAUCACUUGCUUCGAGAACUCCAAUUGGCCAAUAUUAAUGUUGAUAUAUUAAAAAGUUAUUCAGGGAGCAUUGUGAGCGCACCUGCUUAUUGUAACACAUUGAUGAACUACAACCCUCCUGCAGGUUGGUUAAAUUCCAGCUUCGGAUUCACAGGAGUUCCUGGAGAAUACGAUGCUGACAACAUUAUAGAGUCCUACAACCAAGCAAUUGUGUCAAGAACUGAUUCUUUGACAGGUUAUGGUGCCGAUGCACAAUUAACAUCUUAUGUUAAGACUCCAACGACCCUCACUGAUGUCGAAUGGUCAUGCAUUAACCACGUGGUUAAAUCUUGGAUCCAUGAUUCAUUGGUGAACCUUGAAGCUUCUAUCUUGGAGAAAGCUCUUAUGAUCUACAUGAUUAAUGGAUUGUCUUUUAAGUAUGGCUCCAUUGGUACUUUGAGUCAUCACAUCUCAACAACACCAUAUUUUCCAGGUGUUCGUUCCAUACUUGAGGUUGAAGAACAACGCAUCAACCACCAUCGACCUAUUAAGCCUCAUCACUCUAGCAAUACCUCCUUUCCGACCCUUCUCUAA